AUGAAGAAGAGCAACAGGAAGCUUACCAUGAGGAUCAGUGAGCGAGACGCCAUCUGCACCCCACCCUCGCACGGUCCAGGAGAUCUCAAAAACAUAUUGGAUGGAGGAGAGUAUGCCCCUUUUGUAUCUCCUCCCAUGUUAGAGGGCAAUUUCAUCCAGGUCAAUAGAAGAGGUGAAUCCAUUUACCUUCAUAACCGAGCCAACUGGGUGGCUGUUGCCAUCUGCUCUUCCAGCCACACCCACAAGACCCCCAACGUGAUGCUGCUAGCACAUCUCACACCCAUGGCCCAGAAGGACAGAGAACCCCUGUUUAAGAGUCUCCUGAGAUCUUCUCCAGAGAAACUGGUGCUCACCAGGUUUCUCCCUCUGCAGUUUGUGACUCUGUCUGUGCACGAUGCUGAGAAAAUGCGCCUCAAAGUGAAGCUGGCAAGUGGUCGAGCCUACUACCUCCAGCUCUGUGCCCCCGCCUACAAACAGGACGCCUUGUUUUCUCAGUGGGUAGAGCUCAUCGCCCUCUUGAACCAGGAGAAAGCCAAAGUUUCCAAAGUGUCAGAAGUCUCGAGCCUCUCGGAACUCACAAAUAGCACAGACAUCACAGGCUCGAUGGACAUCAUGGAUAUCGCAGAAUUCACCGCUGUACAGACUUCCCAUCCGUACAUGUAUUCGGACCAUGUGUACGGCCUGGAGAGCACUGAUUUCUCAGAAUUAACAGUCAUCACUGACGUCACGGAUGUCACGGAUGUUCCAGAGCAGGAGGUCACUGAGGCCCCAGAUGUAAACAUUUUCACAGAAGUCACAGAAGUCACAGACCUCCAUGAUGGCACAAACAGCUCGGGGGUCAGAGUGGUAUUUGAAAAUGAUGACAUACUAAGGGCCAAGCAGGAGGAAAAGGAAAAACUGGAAAAAUGUCUGAAGCCUGGGUGUCUACGAGAUACAAAGAGUAAGAAUGAGCUCAAAGAAUUCUCAAAGCACGUCACCAUCUCAAAUGUAACACUGACUUUCGAAGGUGAGAGAUGUUUCCAAACGACCUUGACGCCAGUAGAGAGCGAGCCAGAUGCCUGCGAAGAGAUGAAAGAUAGGACCUCGGAAAUAAGCACGGCUCUCAAGGCUGGAGAAUCCAGGAGCAUGAGGACUGAUUCAAACACUUCAGGUAAGGAACAGAUUCCACUACAUUUCUUUGUGAUCCCUGGUAUCUGGUAG